AUGCCAGGACAACUACAACAACAACAACAACAACAAUCAGAGAUCCUACCACUACAUGUGAAACCCAGGACCUCUACCGUCGCACAAUGGACAGCCCAGGCACAGUGCUUCCUCAGGACACUCCUCAAACGGACUUCCUCCUCCCGGACCCUCCUCGUCAUCGUCUCCUUCUUGGCACUCUACCUUCUGUCGCGUUCAUACUCUGGCGAUAGUAUUGGUCAUGGCGCAGGGAGACUCGGGAACAGUAACUAUCAUGGAGACAGGACGAGCAAGGAGAGAGUUGUGAUGAACAAGAAUGGGGUCUUCAAGUCUAAAGCAGCAGGGGCGGCGGUGGCACUGUCAGUGGAUAAGUUGAGGGAGCGAGAGAGGAUAUUGAUGUUGAUGGAGUGGGACCAGCGGUCUAAUUACCGGACCGAUUUGGCGGAUGUGGGGCCUACUCGUGUCAGUUCUUUCCCUGCCUCGCUCUUUGUCUCUCCCAAGUCCAACGGCAACGGCGGACCUGGCUCUUCGUCUUCAUCACCUUCUUCGUUGUCGUCUUCUUCAUCUAGUUCCUCAUCACUCCUAUCAUCCUCCUCCGGUGCAAGCGGAAUCAACACCGGCCCAGCAUCAAAAUACGUCCCCAUCACCGCCGUCAUCCUCUCCUGGAAGCGCAAAGAAGGUGUCAAGGCCGUCGUCGCCCACCUGCGGAAAUACCCCUUCAUCCAAGAGAUCCUCAUCUGGAACAACAACCCCGACGUCGUCCUCUCCACCACCCACGACUUCCCUUCCAACACCACUACUCAAACAUGGCCGUCGAUCUCAGUGUUCAACUCUGUUGCAAACCUGCACGACUUUUCAAAAUACACCACAUGUACCCUCGCAAAAUACGAACAUUGCUACAUCCAAGACGACGACUGGAUAAACCUCUCCCUCGACUCGAUGUACUCCCUCAUGGUCGACAACCCCUCCUCCCUCAUAACAUCUACCAUCCCGGCCAUGGCCGCCCAACAACGUUCCUGGACCUUCCAGAACCCGCAACUAGGUUUACACACUGGCUUCUCGUGGUUGGGGGCCGGGUCGUUUAUGCCCAAGAAGGCAGUGUUCAAGUUCUUGAUGCAGCUGGGCGGGAGUAAUUUGUGGAAGGAGCGAGUGCAACUAGGGGAUCUGUUUUUUGCGCUUUGGAGGAAUCAGUAUCCGAUUGUGUUGAGUCAUGCCCUAGCGCCGUUGGACCAGAGUUCGAGUUGGAGUGGACGGAUUGAUCAGUGGAGCGUUGUCUAUGAGCACAUGACGGAUGCGAUGUUCAGGUUGACAACAGUGCUUUCAGGAACAGGAGUCGUCCAUGGGUCGCCACACCGAGUCGGAGCCAAGUCGGACUUUGUUGCUGACGAGGAACUUCCUGCCUUCAAGGACCGUCAUACCAGAUCGAGCUGCUCAAAUGACAAAUGCCUCUUUCAAACAAACAUCGACAUGUUCCCUCAACCAGAAUCUAUAAAAUGGAAUCCCGACACCUCUAACCCCUCUACCACCUCUCCCACAACUACAACAACCCAACACCGCGACAUCCUGCAAGCGCACGAAGCGCGCUUCAAAUCCCUAAACUACCCAAAACCAGAUUUCGUCGUCAUGCAUACCUACCACUAUGCUGUCGAUCAAGACCUCUCAACAUGCUGGCAGAGCUUUCAUCCGUUGGAAAAGGGCGGGUAUUUUGGGUUGAGGUUUGUGUUGCCGUUGUUGGAGUUGGGGGAGAGGGCGAAAUCGAUUGAGGUUUGGUCGACAUUUGAGGCAACGUUAGUUCAUUUGGGCAAGUUUAUGGUUGUUAAGGCUAGUGUUGAUGGGAACAACUGGAUGACAUGCACGGGAGAGACAGAGAGAGCGACAGGGUCGAUAAGGAUGAAGGACUUGCGAUGCACAGAUGUUGGUCGAAAGAUUGGCAUCCAGCUUGAUACUCGCGGGAUCCAGUUCUUGAGGUUCGAGAUGAAAGAACCCACUACGGCUCCUAUCGAGAUCUGUGGUAUCCGCGUUGGCGAUAUGUUGCUCUAA